CGGGCACAACUGCAACAUGUCCCUCGAUACGUUGACGUCAGUAUAUAAAGCCGUCACUCGUCCAUUGCCUGUUCUAGGCGUUCCGCCAUUGGACAUAAUCGGCGCAGUUCGACUGAGCGUCGCAUUGCGACAGAUUCGUGGUAUCCUCUCGGGGUCGUCAGGAAGCAAGACUAGACCGGGGAUCGACAACGAGUUGGUGCGGAACAUCUGGACCAACUGGACAGUAGUGUGGGGUGGGGAAACGAUUCUUUGUGCUCUCCUCGCCCAAACGCCUUCUUUCCUCCUCUCACCCGUGUACCCUUUGCUUUUCCUGCUCGGCGAAGUCUUUGCAUAUUGCUGUCCGGUCCCACCUGCUCCAAGCCUUCCCGCCGAACUGCCACUGUCUAUCGUGGAUGCCUUCACCCGCGUUGGGCUCCUGACAACACUGGCAUUCAUCCCAAUACUCUCACACCCCGUGCCAGAAGUAGCCCAAUCUCCCCUCGCCUUGAUCAUUGCAUCUACCCUGUUGGCUAAUGGUGGCUUCUUCCUGGUUACCAGUGCCUCCAUGCUCUCUCCUCAAGGUUGGAAACCUUCCACUCCAACUGAGCUCAGACCUUACGGUUGGACUGCCGUCGAUCUAUGGUCCGCUGGCCUGGUAACAAGCAUCUUUGCCAUCAUGACAAGAUCUCAGCCGUGGUGGGGCUGGGUGUACGAUGUCCUGUUUAACACAUAUUGUGCGAUAGCUCCCGGGGUCUGGCAAGUGGAAGAGGCGCCCAUUUUCGACACAGACAAGGCCCGUUCGAUUUGCCUUCUACUGCUCAUCAUUCAGUUCAGUGCAAGGGCCAUGUGGAAUCACAGUUCGCCUUAUAUCAAGACAUUGGGCCGGGCAUAAAGAUUCUCACUUGCAUAACAAACGUGGACGGACAGUGCUCCCACCGAAUGGAUAGUAGAGUUGCACAUAUCGCGUGUAAAUAUAUACAAAGAACUUA